UGAACUGUCGGAGUGUUAACAAAUCCGCCUCUUGGGCAGACUAUGUAUGAUGCGUAGCUGAGCAGCAGCUCUCUGCCGACGCAGUUCAGGCACCAUCACUGGCGGAGCGAUACUACUAUCUCCUCUCUCAGCCGCGGUUUGUCAAGCUUAGGGUGUGUGGCUCACUGUACCUGAGCAAACGUGUCCGUCACGUACUUUUGGAGAGGGAGGAGACGAUCUAAAGUGGACUAGAGGACCUGUCGCUAAUGCCCUGACAUGCAGUGCCAUACGGCUCUCGCAACAAGAAGUACCUCUCUGGGCUGGCUGCUUUGGCUGUUUUGCAAUUGAUGACAUUUUUUAUGGAUGUAAAUGAAUAUGUUUAUUCUAGUGCUCUGGUUUCGUGCGUGAGGCAGCCUCGGCACUGGCGAGCAGGAGCUGUUGUUGGGGCUCAUUGACAUGCAUUGACCCUGAGCUCGGUGAAACCUCCCUCAGCGGUGUGGUGGCAGGAUGCCAGUGCAGGCAGCCCAGUGGACAGAGUUCCUGUCCUGUCCCAUCUGCUACAAUGAGUUUGACAGCAGCGGCCACCAGCCCAUCAGCCUGGGCUGCUCUCACACAGUGUGUAAGACCUGCCUACACAAGCUGCACCGCAAAGCCUGCCCCUUUGAUCAGACACCAAUUAGCACCGAUAUCGACCUGCUGCCAGUCAACUGCGCCCUGCUGCAGCUGGUUGGAGCUCAGGUCCCAGAUGUGCAGCCAGUGAGCCUGAGCAGUGCAGCAGAGGUUGAGCAGUAUGAGGUUUGCAAGGAGUGUGUGGAAGAGCUGGCUCUCUACCUAAAACCUAUCAGCGGAGCAAAAGGUGUGGCCACCCUGAGUCCGAGUGUGCUCAGCCGGCCUAUGCAGAGGAAGCUGGUGACCUUGGUGAAUUGCCAGCUGGUGGAGGAGGAGGGCCGCGUGCGAGCGGUGCGGGCAGGCCGGUCGCUGGGAGAACGGACGGUAACGGAGCUCAUCCUGCAGCACCAGAACCCCCAGCAACUCUCUGCCAACCUGUGGGCAGCGGUGAGGGCACGGGGCUGCCAGUUCCUGGGACCUGCUAUGCAAGAAGAUGCACUGAAGCUGGUUUUACUGGCUCUGGAGGAUGGCUCAGCUCUGUCCAGGAAGGUGUUGGUUUUGUUUGUAGUCCAGAAGCUCGAGGCUCGGUUCCCCCAGGCUUCCAAAACCAGCAUAGGCCAUGUGGUGCAGUUGCUCUACAGGGCCUCCUGCUUUAAGGUGACUAAGCGUGAUGAGGACUCCUCGCUGAUGCAGCUGAAGGAAGAGUUUCGUACAUACGAGUCUCUCAGGAGAGAACACGAUGCCCAGAUUGUCCACAUUGCCAUGGAGGCAGGCCUACGUAUCUCACCUGAGCAGUGGUCGUCCCUGCUGUACGGAGACCUUGUCCACAAGUCACAUAUGCAGUCCAUCAUUGACAAGUUGCAGUCUCCAGAGUCGUUUGCAAAGAGUGUUCAGGAGCUGACAAUCGUUCUGCAGAGAACAGGAGACCCUGCCAACCUCACCAGCCUUAGACAGCACCUAGAGCUACUAGCCAACAUAGACCACAAUCCUGAUGCCCUGGCGCCGUCAUGGGAGGAGCUGGAACAUGUGAUGCUGGCUGUGAAGCUGGUGGUUCAUGGACUGGUGGAAUUUAUACAGAACUUCAGCAAGAAGAGCCACGACAUUCCACAGCCUCAGGCCAACAACAAGUAUAAGACCAGCAUGUGCCGAGACCUUCGUCAGCAGGGAGGCUGCCCCCGAGGAACCAACUGUACAUUCGCACACACACAGGAUGAGCUUGAGAAAUUUAGACUGAGGAACAAGAAGAGCAGCACUGUGGGCCGUGCGUUCCCUUUAGCACCAGGGGUUAUGGGUAAAACCUUCACCAUGGAGGGCAGCAUCCACACAGAUGGAUCUGCAGGUCUGGGGCUUAAAGGAGCAGGGGAGAGCACAGCCACCCUGGCAGAGGGUGUUCCUGGGCUGAGUCACACCCAGCUUAUCUCCAGAGGGGCUGACAUGAUGGAGGAAAUGAAGAGAGUGGUCCCAAAUGGAUCCAGUGGGGCUAACGGGUCCAGUGGACUAUCUGGCACCAGCAGAACCACAUCAGGGUCUACAGAACAGAAAACCAUUUCUCCUCCCAGGACUCCAGUCAGUCAUUCCUCAGCAUCAUCUCCCCUGACCGCAGUUGGGCGAAGUGAUGGUGGUGCUCAUAUACCCAAACAUGGACCGUUCAUGCUGCACGCACCGCAUCCUUCUCAGGCAUCAGAGCUUUACUAUCAGGAGGCCCACUCUGCUUAUGACGCAGCCCAUUAUCAACCAACCUGUUCCUACUACCCAUCUACUCUUCACACUCCUCACAAACCCUGCAUGGCUCGCUUCCUCCGAUCGUCUGACGUCCCAAAAUCCUCUCUGCCACCUUCCAUUGGCCCUACACUAUCCACUUACCCCAGUGAUCCUCAGUUGCCACACCCGCCUUCCUCCUCUCCCUCGGGGUACCCACCACACCCGCCUAGAGAUCGGAUGGGUCCUCCCACCUUCCAUCCUCACCCGGGGCAGCCUCAAUAUGGCUCUCUGACACCGGCUCAUGGGGUUUACGCUCCUCUCUAUGACAGCAGGAGAGUAUGGAGGCCUCAGCUGUACCACAGAGAGGAUGCCAGGAGUAAUUCAUUGCCUCCCGAAGUGCUGCAUUCCUCUGUCUACCAGCCUCCACUCAGGGAGAGAUUCAACUCUCUAGAUAGCAACUACUGCUCUGGAGCUGAACACCGUGCAGGGCUGCACAGGGAUUAUGGCCGUGUUCCUCUGGGCUACGAGGAUCUUUAUAGAAGGAAGCCGGAACAGUGGGCUCAUCACCACCACCAUCACACCACCAACAGGCCCUCCCAGUCUUCACCCAUUUUCACUAUCGAUUUUGGAACUGAGGUAGAAAAGUUGCAGUGGGGCUGGAGCCUAUCCCCAGCUCAUACUGGCAGUGAGGAAAGUUUAGCACACUAUUCUCCGUGGUCCUGUGGUAGCAUCGGCCCCUGCCUCAGCCCCUUUGAGCCUGAAACGCUCACCCACACUUCAGCUCACCCCUGCUCAGAACACUCGGAGUUGGACAGUAACGGAGGUAGAGGCGCCGGCAUCAGCAGUGCUAGUGUCGGGAAGCGGUGGCUACAUUCACUGGAUCACUACCGGCGCUUGAAAGAUGAGGACCCAAUCAUUCCCUUUAGUGAGGGACCCAUUAUCUCCAAGUGGGGUGCCAUAUCCAGGGCAUCACGCACGGGCUACCACACCACAGACCCUGUCCAAGCCACCGCCUGCCAGAGCAGUGCCAGCACCACAGCUAUCAACUUUAAAGACUACAACCCCCACUUGGGUCACAGUGACUACAGGUGGAACUCCAGAGGAUCGGACUCUUCCAGCCACUCCAGUUUCCUAGAGAGUGAGCAGCUUUGUUCGACAGAGCUUCAUGGCCGUCGAACUUCGAUAAGCAGUGGAGAGCAAAAAGUUUCUGAUCUGCAAGCCCAUCAGAACGCCUACAGCCAGGAUCGGCAUCAGGCUGAGAGUGAACUCGAUCCGGACCGAGACAUUGAGCUUGAACUGUGCGCUCUGGACAUGGAGGACUCAGAACACCAGGAGAUCAAGUCUCAGUCUUUAGACAUGACUACCCCACAGUCUCAGGAUGUUUCCCACCUCCUCCCACCACCCUGCUCCUCUCCCCUCCUCCAAUCCCCUGUGGAAGAGCAACUCCAAACAGAUGCUCCUUCGCCAGAAAAGAUGGAUCCUCACCUUCUGAAAAAGAUGGCCUUCAGGAAGUCCCUGUCUCCCGGAGGGUUUGUCUCAGGAGGUCUGGGUGUCGGCAAACUGGUGCUGCGGACUGGACCUCCACUACCAGGGGACUCUUCCACCCGGGCUUGUCCUGAAACACCCGGGACAGAGAUGCUGCUCAAUGGAAGCUAAAGGGAAACAGGAUCAGACACUGACCUACGUAAAGCUAGAGUUGAGUCGCUCACCCAACACCAGAUCUUGGUUAAGGGGAAUACCAUUACAUUUCAGGCUUUAUAUACAUGAUAGUCAUAUGCCUAAAUAAAAACUUGACAGAUAUGGAACAGUCUGUGCUGCAAGGGGCACAAGAAAACACAUCGCCCUGUCUGCUAAGUGUCACCAGUGUCUAUCUCCACAGAGAAUUUUGUGAUAUCACUGUUUAUGCCUAGGAAGGUAUGUGACCAGUUUGCCCUUACAAAAGAUGCUGAUGUUUGUAGUUUAAAUCUUGGACACAUUUUGGAGAAAGGCUGGAAAUCCCAACGUGUCUUCACACAAUCGCUCUCUUUACCUGACAUUGUGCCGAUGAGGUUUACACAUCAUCCACUGUGUUCUCACUGAACACGGCUGACAAAGCUGCAUCGUGUGUCAGACAGCAAAAGUCCAUAGGUGACAAUAUGAUAAGUGAAUUUAUGUCAGUCAUCCCACUUUUUCAUUUUUUUAAACUUGACUUUUCCUCUGCUUAAUCUUAAUUUUUCCCCAUAUGUAGCUUUGAUUAACAGCAACAACUGACAUGUUUAGUGUAAGUAAAUACAAAUUAUUUACCAUAGUAACCCACCCAUUUAUUUAUAAUGAAUUUAAGUUUACUGCUUAUAAUUUCUCUAGCUUGUGCCUUGGAAAAAUUAUUUCAUCUAAGGCUGGUGCUGGUUUAUAGUCAAACUCCACACAGCUUUCCAAAUGACACAUUAAACAAAACAGUGGCAUUAUUUACCCCCUUUUGAAAUUGUGUCACCUUAUGGAUAUCUGACAAUUAUUUGUCACGUCUUUCUAUCUCUUUACAUGUUAUGGCAUGUUUCUCUAAGCAGUCUUACAUUGCAGUGACUUCAAACAGCUCCAUGCUGCUGGUUUAGUUUAUGGCUUUUGCUGUGUUGCUGCAUUUAAUAACUGUUUCCUGAAAAAUAAAGAGAUAGAUUGCUCAACCCUCUGGCAAAAUAUAAAACUACAGAAAACAAAGGUUUUUGCUGUGCUGAUAGUGAAACCACCCUCUGUCUUUUAUGGAUCAUAUGAUCUUUUAAAUGUUGACCUCUGAAUUCUCUCGACUGUCAUGAGAUUACAGAACACAAUUAACCGAAUUUGUAAAUGAUUAUUGAUCACUGGAGGUCAUAGGUGUGUGUGUGUGUGUGUGUUCUACUGUUUUUAUCUAUGACAUACUAUCUUGAACAUCUUUUCUUAGCUCUCAACUUAAGAAUACAAAGUAAUUCUUUCUUCGCACAAACCUUAUUCUGAGCUUAUUUGGCAGAUUCCUAUACAAGCUGCAUUAACUCACAGUACCGUAUGUCUUAAAAUCUGUUGUUCUAUUUCCGUGUGCCUGUACUUGGCAUUUAAUCGUGUCCACUGCAAGCUCUCUCCCUCACACGCAGUAGACACAAGUAUUCAGUACAGUGGCCUUUUGCUCCUUGGUAUUGUAUAAAACUGAGCACUGGGCUUACAGUGACUUUCGUCCAUGCUGACUGACAGACUCCUGACUUAUUGCAAUGGUUUUAGCUUAUGCAUCACAACAUGAUCUCAGAAAUUGGACACUGGAAACACAUUUUUGUAAGCCCAUGGCCUUUUCAGUGCUUUCCAGUCCUGUGACAUUUAUAUACUACAGUAUGUAAAAAACAUUCAGAGGUCAGACAUGAUGUUUCAAACUGAAGUCUACAAACGUGAGGGACACCGCUUCUUGUGUUUCUCCAUGCUACAUCUUUGUUUAUCUUUUUUAAAGUUUCGGUUGGUUUAUUUUAUUUUUUGCAUUGCUAACUUCUGUGAAGUUGUUUGUCUGGGAAUUUUGUAUCCGAUCUUUGUUACCCUUGUUUGAUUUGAUAUAUUUUAAUUCACAGUGGAUAUAAAACUGGUCGUCUUGUCUGGUUCUCUGUUUGCUGCCCAUCAGGUGUCGUCAGGUUAGCUGUAAUCCACCAAAGUCUAUUUGUUGUAGUUUUGUGCGGCAUGGAUGAUUUCCAUGCAGCCUAGCCUUGCCUCGUAACUAUUUAUAGAUGGGGCAUCUUGUCAUGAGAGACUUAAUGACUUUAAUAAAUAGCACAAAACUAAACCCCCAUCAUAGAUUUACAGGGUUUAAGGUCAUGAAGACUCCCCUGAGUUUGUUUACCCAUAUUCUAAAUCUUAUGAGAUUUGUGUAAAUGACAGGUCACUCUAAAAUUUCAUUGUACAGGUUACAAUGACAAUAAAGGAUUAUCUUAUCUUAUGAGGAGGGUUAAUUGAUGGUUCAAUUUCUUUAAUUAAUUUCCUCUCAACAGAUACCUUCACAAAAACUUCCUGAGAAGCAAGCAGCAAUGUCUUCCCCCUCAAGUUAUGUUUUAAAUACAAUUCUAGAGGAUGGCAGAAUGGCUACUUAUAUGAGGAGGGGUGUUUGAGUCACAAUUUUAAAUAUUGUUAACAGGAAUGAGCAUUGAAAUGAUGGAUUGAUCUCUCUUAUCUUCCACCCAACUUUUGAGAGAAGUGAAUAUAGAAAGUGCACAACUGCACUGAAGUGUGACCUGAUGUAAUGAUACGCUUUUGACAGGGUUUUGUGGGUUUAAUGUAAAAGGUUGAUAGGGAUUUAGCUGCUCCCUGCUAUCACUCAGUGUCUGUUUACAACUUCAGUUUUGAAGUCAUGUAUGUUAAGUGCCAUGUUGUACACAGAACAAUAGAAUCAGUCCCUGCUAUUUUCCUACAGUGUUUCCUCAGCUGCCAAGUAUGUGAGGAAGGAAAUGCUCACUCAAGCUGCGAAAUAAGACCCCUCUCUUGUAGUUCUGCUUUGUUCCAUUAGAGGAGGCCAGAUCCUUGACUGAAUGCUCAGGGAAGACUUGAGUUCCUCAGCUAUUUUAUUUUGUUUUAUAGUCAUCACUUUAAAUAUUCUGUGGACAUAUUAACCUGAAUUUCACUUGCUGAUAAGUGACCCUUGCACCCAUAGUAUAAAUGGGUUGAAGUGAUAUUGUUUGCCUGUGUUUACUUUGCCACUGUUUUCCUCUGCCUCUCAGUAUCAGUACUUGCUUUGCUGUGUUUGCUCUCAUGGGAAAGGGCUGGGCACUACUGUAUAUUAAAACAGUAUUGUGAGUAUUGACCUUAUGUCAGAGUGAUACUUCCUGUUUCCCUCAAAGUGUCAAUAGAGCACUGCUGUAGAGGCUAAAUGCACUGCACUAACUCCCAUCCCAUCAAUGCCAGCAGGUGCACCGCCAACGAGUGCCACCCCCUGCCCCCUUUCUAUCACCCCUGCCUCCUUCCUGCAUCCUGUGUCGUGCAUGCAAUAUAGUCCCUCUUGUGAUGGCGGAGGAGUAUUAAUAAUUCUGUAGUUGUGAUACAACACACCCAGCGCUGUAACAGUUCUGCACAUGCCCACUGUGUGGCCACGUCAAGUGCUGAAGAUUGCUUGCAGCAUUUUACUUGUUUGCUUAUGAAAAUGGAUUAUUGUUUAAUAGAGAUUAUAUUGUUAUUACUAUUAUUGUAAUGACCACAUUUGGUUGUUGUUGUGGUAUUUUUUCUUCUCAGUAUAGGCUAUUCUGUCUAUAUUAAGUCUGCUUCUUUGUUUUGAAUUUGAGAGUUGGCGAUAACUGGUGAAAUUUUUUAUUAGACAAGUCUCAUUAUUCUAUAUUAUAUGGGGGAAAAGCCUGUUUGUUGAUUGUGAAACAUAAAAUGAACUGAUGUUUUCUGACUAUUCAUGUCUGUAUUAGACAUUUUAUUUGCAAAUCUAUUGUUCGAUUGAAAUGUAAAUGAACUAUUAACAGAUGGUACACAUCCGUCAUUUUAUACAGCCUGGCACCAUCAUUAGAUGGACUUACAGUAUAGACACUCAUUUAUACAACCUGUGAUAAUCAGAUAUAUUUAAAUGUUGAAGUCAUUGGGGCAGUUGUGUAAUGUUUCAACAUGAGGAAAACAAAGUCCUUAAGAGACAGCAUAUCUAAAAUGGCCCCAUAAUGAAUAAUACUGUUACGUAUUUGAUUUAUUUCCUUGGAAAUAUCACAUUGUGAAAGGUUUCCCUUUUACUAUUCAUAUGGUAAUGCAGGAAUGGAGUAUGUCUAACCUGUGGUAAUAAUGAUUUAUGUGUUAUGAAUGACUUAUGAAACUGUUUGAGUAUUGUUAGACUCUUCUGUGCAUUUACUGACUUGUUCACCUGUGUUACAAUGACAGCCAGCCACAGUCACAGACAGCUUGGCCGAGCAGCAUGCUGCUUCUGUGUUGCACUGAGAGAUGGAAUUAUGAAAAGGAAUAUUUCAGCACAUGAAAUUGCAUGCCACAAUAAACCAAC